AUGGAAAUGGCUAGAGAUUAUAGACGAAAAGGCGUCGACGCUCUUGCCGCCUCACGUAACCUCAAGGGCGAGCUUAAAACUAUCAUUACUGAGGCAAUUGAAGGCCUUUUCGGGGUCGUCGCAUUAAUUGACCCCUCCACGCCUUCCCCUCCUAAACCCCCAACACCACCAACACCACAACCCAAAGCCACAACUUCACCUUCAACCGAUACUCACACUACACAACUAUUACAAAAACUCGAGGCCCACUCUCGGCUACUCGAGGACUCCAAUAAGGUCUUGCAGGAGCACACCAGGGUUCUAAAGGCAUCUCCCAAACCACAGCCAGUGGCGUCGGACCCGCAAAAGAUCUAUCCAUCCUAUGCAACGGCCGCCGCCGCCCCCAAACCCCCUGCAAGCCCUUCCAUAGUAGUUUCCGGAGAGGGUUUUAACACAGCCGAACAACUGCUUACACAAUUAAGCAAAACAGUAAACUUUAGACAGGGUGGAUACGCCCCACUUAAGAUCACCCCGCUUUCAAAACAAAAGAUAAAAGUCGUUUUCGAAAAAGAAGAACACAAAAAACAUGCACUCGAUCAACUACAAAAAAACACACAAAUUCAAACUCAAGAAGAGAAACGGAUAGACCCUAUGAUUAUUCUCAAAGGGAUAUCAAAAAACAUACCUGAAUUUGAACUCACAAAAACAAUUAAAGAUCAAAACACCACCUUAACUAAACAUACAUUUACCGUCAAAUUCAUAGCUAACAACAGGAACACUUCACUAUAUAACGCAGUGCUAAACACCACACCCUCUGCCUGGAAGGCGUUUGCCGACCUAGGCAGAGUCAACAUAGGGAUGCAGCGGGUCCACAGUGACAACUUUUCACCGUUUAGGCAGUGUCAAAACUGCCUAAAUUUCGGACACACAAAGAGCCGCUGCCCCAACACCACACCCACAUGCGCCAAGUGCUCCGCUCACCAUCCUACAGCGGAGUGCAAGGCCGAAGUACACAACUGCACCAAUUGCGCAGAACAUAACAAACAAUUCAACACCAACACCGGCACUCUACACCGCGCCGACUCAGACAAAUGCCCCAAAGUUACAGCCAUGCGUGCCCGUGUUGAGGCAAAAAUUAACUACAUCUAA